UGCCCAUAGUUUUAUUUCUGCCCCCGUCCACUCUUUCUUGUACCGUCUCAGUUUAUACCUUUUAUCAGAGAUAACAGCGCCGCCCGUCCACCGUUCUCUAUGAACACCGCCUCUUACUCUCCUCCUCUAUUCUUUCUCCGGCCUCCUUCCCGAACCCUAGCCGCCCUCACUCUCCCCCGCCGCCGUCUCUUUACCUUCCCGUCUCUCCGUCCCUUCCUUGGCUUCUUCUGCUAUCCGGCCGGUGAUCGCUUCCCUAGGCUCUCCUCCUCCCUCUCUUUUGACUCGGAGAUCGGACACCGAGAGGGGGAAGUCGCGUCCUGCUUCGAUGAGGUCUCGUCCCAGGACCACCUAUUGCAGGCUCAGCAGGAAGAGCAGGGGCAGUUUAUCCCCGUCAAGGCUUACUUCCUGUGCACCAGUAUUGAUUUGCGGAGCUUGCAGUCUGAGAAUGCGUUCAACGUCAUUCCCCCCACCUCCCGCGCCACCAUUUACGUUGUGCUCAGAUACUACGAUCCUCACUUGAUGGAGACUGGUUUUAGUGACAGUCGGUGCAACUAUAUGGUAGUUUUUCACUAUGGUUCAGUUGUGCUGUUUAAUGUUUCUGAUCAUGAAGCUGAUGGGUACCUCAAGAUUGUUGAAAAACAUGCAUCAGGCUUGUUACCAGACAUGAGAAAAGAUGAUUAUGCAGUAGUUGAAAAACCCACUCUGGAGACUUGGAUGCAAGGUGGACCGGACUACAUAGUGCUCAAGACUUUGAACAUAGAUGGUAUUCGUACCAUUGGAAGUGUUCUAGGUCAAAGCAUUGCUUUAGAUUACUAUAUCCGACAGGUUGAUGGAAUGGUAGCUGAGUUCACAGAUAUCAACCGUGGUUUGGAGAAAACCGGAACCUUUACCAUGAAAAGUAAAAAGCUUUUUCAGUUAGUUGGGAAAGCCAAUUCUAAUCUGGCUGAUGUCAUUCUUAAACUUGGGCUUUUUGAGAGGUCGGACAUUGCUUGGAAGAAUGCUAACUAUGCACAAAUAUGGGAGUACCUCCGUGAUGAAUAUGAGCUAACACAACGAUUUGGAAACCUCGAUUUCAAGUUGAAGUUUGUCGAGCAUAAUAUUCGCUUCUUCCAGGAAAUUCUUCAGAACAAGAAGUAUGUUUUUCUAGAAUGGUUGAUCAUUCUUUUAAUCUCUGUGGAGAUCCUCAUUUCCAUUUAUAACAUCAUUUUUCACCCAUCACCAACCGCUCUCCAGAAAGCUAACACUCAGAGAACAAGCCAAGAAGGAUGGAAAGAAAUGAAGAGAGCAAAGAUGUGGGGCUACAGCUGUUACUGAUGAAUAUUACUAUCAAAUCAGGAAAUAUAAAUGACAAGCACAUGAGCUAGGUAAGAAAGUUUAGGAGGGUCGAGGAAAGUUUAAGAGGGUCGAGGAAC